UCUACGCCUAUUGUGUUUCUGGGUAUUGACCUUUGGUUUCCGUUGAAUUCGUUAUUUCCCAACGCCAAAUAUGGAGCAGUCAGUAGUUUGAAGUAUAAUAGGUGUCGUUUUCAUUGUCCUUUGAAAAAGUAGGUUUUGUCAGGAUGGCCACAAGGAGUAGCAGUAGUGCGAUAUCUGCCAUGACUAGUGCUACUUUUAUCGGUGGAGGCAGUACAUCAACUGUAUCAAAUGAAAAUGAUUCUGAUAUGAGUGCUAAUGAUGUUAGAGUAACCACUCGAAGUCUAGACAUAGAUGGAGAUGAUAUACAGACCUAUCUAAGUGUGAUGUGGGGAGGUGGCAAACUAGGUCUAGCAUUCUAUGACACGGAGUCCUGUCAGGUACAGCUGAUGAUGGAUGUUGUAGAAACAGAGGAUUUCCAAAUUCUUAAGAGAGUUAAACAGCAAAUCUUACCAACUUGUGUAAUAACUAGUAGUAAGCAAGAUGAUAGACUCAUCAAGGCACUGACAUGUAAAGUUAAUGAUCUAGGAGAACUCAUUGAGGAUGAAAACACCGCCAUUGAUGUGCAAAUUCUACCAAGCCUCGACUUUUCACUGGAAGUGAGCAAACGUCGUAUUUUGAAUGUCAGUUUACCAUGUAUACCAGAAGACUAUACAGAAAGCGAAAGGACCAUUUAUCUAACAUCACUCGUCCCAUUUGAACAUGUCAAUAUGGUGCGUGCUACAGGUGGAUUAUUAAAAUACUUGGAUAAACGGAGAAUAGGAGUGGAAUUAGAAGAAAGUGACAUCAGAGUACCAAUAUUAGGACUUAAGACAUUUUCUCUUCAUAACAUGGUACUAGUCGAUGACAACACAUACAGUGCAUUGCAAAUAUUCCACAAAGAGCAUCACCCAUCUAUUUAUAAGUUUGGUGGCAGUGGCUCCAAGGAAGGAUUGAGUCUGUUUGGUGAAUUAUGGUUUUUAAGACCACUGCAAGACGUACAAAUAUUGAAGGAAAGACAAGAUGCUGUGGCAUUCUUCUUAUCACCAAGAAAUAUUGAAGUUGUGACAUCAUUACAGGAUUGUCUUAGACAUAUCAAACAUGUCUCAAGAAUCUUGACAAGAAUGAGAAUGGCGCAGGCUUCCAUCGGUGAUUGGCAAGCAUUGUACAAGAUUGCCAAUUCAUUCUCUGAAGAUUUACAUCGAAUUGCUAACUUAAUAAGUAAAAUUGUGGAUUUUGAUGAGUCAGCAGUAUUAAAUAGAUUUGUUGUCAAACCUAAUGUGGACCAAGAUUUAGAUGAAAAGAAACGGACAUACAAUGGAUUACCAGACUUCAUGACCAAAGUAGCAAAAGAAGAACUAAAGAAACUGAGUUCUGAUAUCAAAGAGUGCAACGUAAUAUACUUACCACAACUUGGUUAUUUAUUAGCUAUCCCCAGAACACCAGAUAUGAAGGAGGAACAACAUUUUCAUAUUGAUGGGCUAGAAUUUAUGGUAAGGAUUUCAUCAGUUGGUAUGAUGAGCAAAUUACUGAUGUACGACCAUGAAACAAGUAUUAUGCACAGACUGCAGGACACUGUGCUAGAACAUAGUCAGGUUUUAUUUGCUGUCAUGGAGCAUGCUGCGGAGCUGGACUGCUUUGUACCAGCAGAAUCAGCGAGUAUUGGUAUCAUUGAUAGAAUAUUUACAAGAAUUCACACUCGAGAGUCAGUUUCUGUUGGAUUAUCAACAUUCAUGAUUGACCUUAACCAGGUAUCUGUAGCAUUGAGAUGUGCGACUGAGAGAUCAUUAGUCAUCAUAGAUGAGUUUGGUAAAGGGACAGACAUUGUGGACGGUAUUGCAUUAUUAUGUGCGUCACUGCAACACUGGCUACAAAUGAAUACUCAAUGUCCGCAUGUAUUUGUAUCAUCGCAUUUCCAUACUAUUAUACAACAACGUCUACUACCUAAUUCAUCACAACUCAGUUUUCAGACAUUGGAAGCAUUGCAGGAUGGCAAUGAUCUUGUAUUCCUAUACCAGUUAAUAGAUGGACAUGCUACAUGUAGCUAUGCGCAUCAUAUAGCUGCAGUAGCAGGAUUACCAGAUAAACUCAUUCACAGAGCUAAGCAUGUUGAAACUUUGUUGAAAGAGAACCGACCUGUGCGCAGAGCCGAUUCCAGUGGUUUGGAUGCACAGUAUAAAUGUUGUGAGACAAUAGUCAAUAGAUUCCUAUCUAUGGAGCUUAAAGAAGAAGAUCUAAACAAGUUUCUCAAAGAUUUUGUGAUUCCUGCGUCUAAAGAUCUCAAACACAAGGAGUACUAA